AAUCAUACAUAACAGUUUAGCGCGUUCGUUUAUCAACUAUAAAAACUUGAUAUCUCGUAGCGUUCAAAGUCAAAGGUGACUUCGUGGGACGUAAAGAAGUUGAAUUCAUCUUAACUGCAGUUUCCACAGGUGUAUGGAAACAAUUUUUGUGGAUUACACUUUUUAUGCGGAGUGUACCAUAGAUGCAUGCAUUCAUUGCGCACGGAUGAACGUCACGAAGAAUGACAUUUAAAAUUUGCAGUUAAAGAUCAGACGAUAAAAACGCAUUUACGCGAUUGUGUGUGUGACAAUUGCGUUACACAGAGUAUCGAACGAGCCACAGAGUGCAUCAUGAACAUGGACAACGAUUUGGAUCAGCAUUUGUUGCACCAGUUCAGCUGUUUAGGUACAACCGACAAGGAAGAUCUGGUGAAGCAAUUACAGAGGCUACUGCCUGGUAGCCAGCUGAAUGAAACAACAGCUACGUUUUUCCUUGAUAUGAACAACUGGAAUCUUCAAGCAGCUGUAUGCAGUUACUUAGACUUUGAGUCCCCAGUUCAAAAUAAAUUUCCUUGUAUGACAUUAAUAUGCGAUAGUACCAUUGGUGAAGGAGAAGCAAUACCACCUCUUACUAAUUUUCGAAAAUCAUGGCAUAUACAAAACAGUGGUACAGAAGCAUGGCCUGAUGGAGUAUGUCUACAGCAUGUAGGAGGUGUACAAAUGGGAGAAUGUACAAGAGUACCAGUUCCAUCUUUAGGACCCAAAGAAACAACAGAAGUAAGCGUGAACCUCCAAAGUCCUUCUAACUGUGGUCUGUUUCGAAGUAAAUGGAGAAUGAUGGUGAAAUCUACAGAAACCUGUUUUGGAGAUGUAAUUUGGAUACUGCUUGUAGUAAGUGAAAGUGGUACCUUAGCAGUUACUCAACAACUUCAUCAGUUAAGUACAACAACUGAAACAACUAAUGAUACAUCUACAGAUGUAACAACAUUAUCCAGUGAUUUAACAACAUUGUACCCCCAUGGUAUUCCGUAAGGAUUUUCCUUAAACUUUUUAAAAGAGCUUUCUGAUUGUUUUGUAUCAAGUGAGUGAAAAAUAACAUAUUUGUUUAAAAUACUGCUUUAAACAAUAAAAGUAAUAUUUUACCGGCAA